UUUAAGUUAAGUAAAAAGAAACUAAAAGCAUAAAAGGGGCCAUAUUUUCACUGAUCUUCAACCCUUAGGGUUUGAUCAUGUUUUAUUUAUCACUGUCGCUGGUACCAGAAAGCAGCAUCAGGAAGCAGUUUACUGAGGUAACUGUUAUUAUGACUGUUUUCACUCAUGGAGAAUCAUUUCCCUUGUCUUCACAGGAGGAUGGAGAACCAUCCUGAUGGACCUCAGGGUCAGGAAGCUAUGCAGAGCCUUCUGUGUAGGGUCAGGGAUAGAAUUGCCUCUAUCCUUAACAGACAACCCAUUGACUUUGAAUACCUGCAAUUUGUUUGUGCUCAGGAGCUGCAGUUUGUCCGAGCUGGGGCAUCAUAUUUGAACAUUCCGGAGAGUGUUUUAGCUGGUAUACAGCAGCUGUCCGAGAUUGUCGGCAGCUAUCUGUCACAGAGGGUCAUCCCACCACUAUUUAAUGAUAUAGCUGUGACUGAGUUAAGAGGCUGUGUGGGACGACCGCAGAUAACCAUAGAAAGCCAAACUCUUCUAAAUCUGCUUAGCACUGGGUUACCCCUGACAUCUUUGUCUGACCUCCAUGGGAUUUCCAGGUCAACUUUGUACAGAAGGAUGAAACACCAUAAUCUUUCUGUCAGGAAAUGUUAUUCUGACAUAACAGAUGAUGUGCUGGAUCAGAAAGUUAGGUCUAUUAAAGCACACAUGCCCCAUGCAGGUUAUAGGCUUGUUAAAGGCUCUCUUCAAGCAUCAGGGCAUCGCGUUCAGUGGAGACGAGUUAAGAGGUCAUUGCAGCGUGUGGAUGGUGCUGGAGUCAUUUCCAGGAUGGUUCAGCUGUCUUGCAUUGCCAGACGGACAUAUUGUGUUCCUGCUCCCUUGUCUCUUGUCCAUAUUGACACAAACCACAAAUUGAUAAGGUACAACAUUGUGGUUUUUGGAGCGAUCGAUGGCUUUUCACAGAAGAUCUUUUACUUGGAUGCAGCUGGGAAUAACAAAGCAGAAACAGCUUUUGGAUUUUUCAUGGAGGGCGUGCAGAAACACGGAUGACCAUCCAGGCAAGUGCUCAGAAAUAGUACGAGCAGAUCAAGGUGUUGAAAAUGUAGACAUCACUAGAUGCAUGUUUACAGUACGAGGAACAGGUCGUGGCAGUUUCAUUGCAGGAAAAAGCGUCCAUAACCAGAGAGUGGAACGGCUAUGGAGAGACCUUUGGAGCGUCACAUGUCAGUACUACAAUGUACUCCACAGUUUGGAGGAAGAGGGAUUUGUUGACCUCUCCAAUGCUGUCCACCUCUACUGUGUUGGACAUGUCUUCAUACCACGGCUCCGAACAGAUCUGCAUCACUUUACAGAGAGCUGGAACUGCCACCCGUUGCGCACAGAGGGAAAUCUGUCACCAAAUCAACUCUGGAUGAUAGGGAUGCUACAAGCACCCAUGCCAGAGCCAGACCUGGUAGAGAUCCAGCAAGCUGAAGAGCAGCCCCCUUGUGACCAUGACACCAGUGAACAUGGGGUCAUUGUACCAGAAAUGCAAUGCCCCCUGCCAGAGGAAAGACUUGCGGCACUACAGGAAAUAAAUCCCACUGCUGAGUCCUCAAGCUUUGGUCGGGACAUCUACUUGCUAGCUCUCAAUGUUGCCUGUGGUGUCUAAAGGUGCGGAUCAAAAUAAAUUCACAUUUGAUUCACA